AUACUAAUAAUGUCCACAUUCAAGAAUUUCGUGGAUAAAGUAGUGUUGAUCACCGGUUCAAGUGGUGGAAUCGGCGCCCAAACAGCUGUCGAGUUCGCCCGAUAUGGGGCUCAAGUGGUGAUCACCGGUCGUAAUGCCGACAACUUGUCAGAAGUGGCCAAACAAUGUGCGGCCGUUUCGCCCAAAGGCCUCAAACCACUGGAAGUGUUGGCAGACGUGAGUAAAGACGUCGACUGUAAACGACUGAUUGACAGUACGAUCAGUGCAUUCAAACGGUUGGAUAUUUUGGUGAAUAACGCGGGAAAAGCGAUUUUUACUCCUAUCACUGAUCCGUCUGUUCUCGACAAAUACGGGGAAGUGAUGGACACAAACCUGCGUUCAGUCGUCUAUUUAACACAUCUAUCGGUCGAACACUUGGAGAAAACUAAAGGCAAUAUAAUUAAUAUAUCAAGUAUUAUGGGACUUAAACCAUUAAACACAGGCUUUCUAUACUGUAUGUCAAAGUGUGCACUCGAUAUGUUCACCAAAUGUCUGGCCUUAGAGUUGGGCCCAAAAGGCAUUCGAGUUAAUGCUAUCAAUCCGGGUGCCGUUAGGACUAACUUCCUUCAGGUGGUGGGCUAUACCAAAGAGCAAUCGGACGGCUUUUACAAUCAAAGGGGUGGCCAAUACCCGGUCGGACGGGUCGGUGAGUCCAUAGACAUCGCGAACGCCAUACUCUUCUUGGCCUCAGACGAGGCAUCGUUUGUGACGGGCGUUAACUUUGUGUCCGACGGCGGGGCUCUUCACGCGCCCUCAUAACUGGUUUUACACUUUAUAUC